CAAGUUUCAAUUUUUAGCUACCUUCACGCAACUCCAAACGCUCAAAAAACGCAACAAAAAAGAUUCCUUUUUUGUCUCGCCGUUAUCUGAUCACUCCGGUCACCGGCGUCUCAGAUCUUUCCGCUUCGGGAGCAAAGCGUUGAGUAGAGGCUGCUUUCAUGGAGGCCCACUGAAUCUUCAACCGAAGCGUCCAACCCAAGAAAACAAGCGAAAGGAGGAGAGGGAAACGCAGAGAGAAAGAGCUGGGUAGUGUAUUGGGAAGAAGUGGCAUGAUGGGGUUUUGUAUAUGUCCGCUGGAGACUCCGGCGAGGUUGCUGUGGACGACCAGCUUCUUUCGCCACAAGCUCAUGCUCUUCUAAUUCACGAGCUCCCCGUGCAUACAUAGUAUAACUCGUUCUACGUAUAUCUACGUACAGAUAUAAGUGUUUUUUCAGUGCGUCGCCCGAGUUUCGGUCCGGCCGCCGGCGGAUAAAGGUCGCCGGAGAUCCACUCGGGCUGAGAAGGGUAUGGAGGCAGGGCGUUUUCUGUUUGAUUCCUCCGCGCUUCGGGGGAACAUCAUGUUCCUUGAAAAUGGAUCAAGAUCCAUGAUGGGCAUCGAGGAAUCCCCAAAGAGACGUCGGUUUUUCUGCUCGCCGGACGAACUUUUGGAAGAGGAAUAUUACGAUGAGCAGAUGCCUGAAAAGAAACGUCGCCUAACUCCUGAGCAGGUGCUCCUGCUGGAGAAGAGCUUCGAGGAAGAGAACAAACUGGAACCCGAGCGGAAGACCCAGCUGGCUAAGAAGCUGGGGUUGCAGCCGAGGCAGGUGGCUGUGUGGUUCCAGAAUCGCCGGGCUCGGUGGAAGACGAAGCAACUGGAAAGGGAUUAUGAUAACCUCAAAUCUUCAUAUGAUUCGCUUCUUUCGGACUAUGAUUCCAUUUUGAAGGAAAAUGAGAAGCUCAAAUUGGAGGUCUAUUCCUUGACAGAAAAACUUCAGGGCCAGGAAGUCGAAGGAGCACCUCCAAUGACAGGCCCCACGGAGCCAGCUCUGGCGGACGAGGCAGAUGUACGGGCCCUACAAUUCAAUGUGAAGGUGGAGGACAGGCUGAGUUCGAAGAGCGGGGGAAGCGCAGUGAUUGACGAGGAAGGUCCACAGCUUGUGGACAGUGGCAACUCGUACUUAUUGUGCGAAAAUUACCCCGGAUGUGUAGCCCAGUCGGAGGAUGAUGGGAGCGAUGACGGCCGGAGUUACUACUCGGGCAUUUUCGCUGCUGCGACCGUGCAGACACAUCACGAAGAAGAGGAGGAACCAAUGGGCUGGUGGGUGUGGUCUUGAGAUUGUGGCCUCCUUGAAAACCUCUUUCUCUCACUAUGAAUAGUCGAUCUCCCCUGGUCCGUGUGUGUCUUCUCGUAAGAAAGUUUGGCUAUGUUCCUCCUUUCGCAUAUGAUGUCAAAUAAAUUGUAGCGAUACUGAACAUGGUGUUGUGGUCGGAAUGGCCGUCUAAUGGAUAGGAUUACUGGCCCUUUGGGUUCGUCCGCUAUGCACGGUGUUUUGUACUUCUCACCUUGGUGUGAGAAAUAAGAAAGUCUCAGUUUUUCCUCUCA